AAACCAAAGGAGCAGCCUCUCCUCCGCCCUCACCCACCAUCACUUCAAUGGGUUCAAUCCACUCCAUGCCACUACCCACCACACCACCAUUAUUACGGGAAUUCAACCCAUCCUCUUAUCGAGUCUACGCCUCCUUCUGUCCUAAGGAACAGGGUGUCUCCAACCAGUUAGAGUGCUAUGAUCCCUCGAACAACAAAUCGGGUCACGUUUGCCCUAUUCCGGAAAUAAUUGAUAACCAUGUCCUAAUGGAUUUGCCAUGCGAUUUUGUGGAUUUUAGUGUUGAGGUGUCGCCAGUGGUACUCCGGUGUAACGUUCGAUCAGGGCAAUGGUCCAAAUGUGCACCAUUGGGAAUACCACGGUACGAAUUUGCUUGCACUGUUUGUGACAACGAAAUCUACGUGGCAGUGGGCAAGUCUGACCUGGCCAGUGGAAGGGGAAUCUCGUCAGCUGAGAUGUAUGAUCCUGCCGUUGACAUGUGGACUCCCUUGCCUAACAUGAGCACCAUGAGGUUACAAGUGUGGCGGGGUGACAUGGCAAGGGAAAAUCCACGUGGUAAGCGGGUUUGUGGAAAGAAAGGAAUCGGACUUGAUGAUUAUGCUCAUCAAGGAGCGGAGCUCCGCUGAGCUGUUCGAUACAAUGGCGGGAAAGUGGGAACUCGUGGCAGGGAUGUGGCAGCUGGACGUGCCAAUUGUAUUUCUUGGCAGGGUUUCGGAUUGCAGGGGAGGGGGAAACGGUACAACUUGACGUGUCAUUAUAAUAAUGAUUGAUUUUUUAA